AUGCUCGCUCGUUCUAUUUUGUCUAGACGUCUACACUAUCAUCCCAAUUUCAUCACAAGGAUGGCAACUGUCAGUGUCUCCAGCAAUCUUCCUGCCUCAUCAGAAAAUGCUUCCUUUCAUUCAUCCCCCCCAAGACCGGCAUUAAGUCCGGAACAUACAGCCAUCAUCAAGGCUACAGUGCCCGUUCUUGCCGAACAUGGUACUGCCGUCACAACUCACUUCUACAAGCGCAUGCUAGAGAGAAACCCUGAACUUCGCAACAUCUUCAACAAUGCCCACCAAAGGACUGGCAGUCAACCCACCGCUCUGGCUAAUGCUGUCUUCGCAUACGCCGCCAAUAUCGAUAAUCUCGGUGCCCUGACCGCCGCCGUCUCUCGCAUCGGUCACAAACACGCCAGUCUGGGAGUCCUACCUGAGCACUAUCCCAUUGUGGGUGAAAAUCUCCUGGCUUCGCUAAAGGAGGUUCUGGGUGACGCCAUCACGCAACCCAUCAUUGAUGCCUGGGCUGCAGCAUAUGCACAACUCGCAGACAUCUUCAUCUCCUUUGAAGCAAAUCUCUAUGAGCAAGCCGAAGCCACUCCAGGCGGAUGGACAGGCUGGCGCAAAUUCAAGGUCGUCAAAAAGGUCCCCGAAAGCGACGAGAUCACUUCUUUCUACAUGGAGCCCGUUGAUGGAGGCUCUCUCCCUCCCUUCAAGCCUGGUCAGUUCACUUCGGUGCGCGUCUUUGUGCCCGAGCUCAACGUCUACCAACCCCGCCAAUACAGUCUCUCCCAUAGUCCAAACGGCCAGUAUUUCCGAAUCUCAGUCAAACGAGAGUCAGCACAGGGUGAUGACCAUCCCGCUGGCCGUAUCUCCAACGCCCUACACGCCCAGACACCCCAAGGGGCCGAAAUCGAGCUUGCCUACCCAUAUGGCGACUUCACCCUCGACGUCAAUGCCUCCACCCCUGUGGUUCUCAUUAGCGCUGGUGUCGGCUUAACCCCAAUGCUUUCAAUGCUAGACACUUUGGUCUCGCAAUCCGCAACAAGUCGCCAAGUGCUCUUCUUGUAUGCCACACGCAGCGGCCGCGUCCACGCUAUGAAAGAUUACUUGGCCAAAGUCGUUGAACAGCAGCCUCAGGUCUCCAAGCUCGUCUACUACCAGAACGUCGAACAGGGCGACCGCCAAGGUCAAGACUAUGACUUGAAAGGCUACAUGGACAUGGCAGCUAUCAAGGACAAAGUUCUGCUCCCUGAUGCAGAUUACUAUUUGUGCGGUCCACUUCCGUUCAUGCAGAUUCAACAAAAGUCUCUAGAGAACUUGGGCGUUUCCCCCGACAGGAUCCAUUCCGAGGUCUUUGGAUCCACCACUUCAUGA